CUUGUCUAAAAACGAAUUCUUUCACCAAAUAAUAAACGACACUACGCACGUAUAAUGUCUUUCUUUUUGUAUUCUCCUCUUCAUCUCGAUCCAUUCUGCAGAACUCCAAGAAGCCAGUGAGGAGGAGAAGACAACCGUAUUGCCCGUGUAUAAUUUACAUGUACAGUUGUAGACCAAGGAGAGAUCUGUAGCUCAUCGAUGGUUUAUCCACUGGUUAAAUUUUUAUUCUAACUGCGGUGAAUCCACCUCCAACAAUUAUUCUUUUAUCCUUCGGAUUCAUGCUAACAAGUAUGCUAGUUCAAUAAGAAGGCGGAAUAUAAUGGUUUGUGAUUUUACCAUUGGUCAUUGUACUUGGAGUUUAAAGGAAGAUAGUUGUUUUUAGAGAUGGCUGAUGCGGCACUGCUAAUUGAAGCCUCAGGGUCCAGGUUUAGUGAUCUGGAACUCAUAGGAAGAGGUUCAUUUGGUGACGUCUAUAAAGGCUUUGACAAGGAACUGGGCAAAGAGGUUGCCAUUAAGGUCAUUGAUUUAGAAGAAUCAGAGGAUGAGAUUGAGGAUAUUCAAAAGGAAAUUGCAGUCCUGCAACAAUGUCGAUCUCCAUAUAUUACGGAAUAUUAUGGGUCUUAUCUUCGCCAAACAAAGCUAUGGAUAAUAAUGGAGUACAUGGCUGGUGGAUCCGUUGCUGAUCUAAUUCAACCAAAUCACCCGUUGGAUGAAAUGUCUAUAGCUUGCAUUUUACGUGAUUUACUCCAUGCUGUUGAUUAUCUCCAUAGUGAAGGCAAAAUUCAUCGAGAUAUUAAAGCGGCAAACAUCUUGUUAUCAGAGAAUGGGGAUGUGAAGGUGGCAGAUUUUGGUGUUUCUGCUCAAUUGACAAGGACAAUUUCAAGAAGAAAGACAUUUGUAGGAACACCAUUCUGGAUGGCACCAGAAGUAAUUCAGAAUUCAGAAGGAUAUAAUGAAAAGGCAGAUAUUUGGUCUCUGGGUAUAACAGGCAUUGAGAUGGCAAAGGGAGAACCUCCAUUAGCCGAUCUCCAUCCAAUGCGAGUUCUUUUCAUCAUACCUCGAGAAAAUCCACCUCAGCUUGAGGAGCACUUCUCCCGUCCUAUGAAAGAAUUCAUAUCUUCAUGUUUGAAGAAAAAUCCCACUGAGAGGCCAAGUGCUAAGGAGCUUCUGAGACAUCGGUUUAUCAGGAAUGCGAGGAAGAGCCCAAGGCUUUUGGAGCGAAUCAGGGAGCGCCCUAAGUUUCAGAUAAAGGACGAUGAACUAACCCCUAAAACUGGUCAAAAGCCACUAGGGGAAGCUUCAGGCACUCUUAAGGUGUCUAGAGAUUCUGCAAUUGAUGAUACUUUUAGAGUGAGUCAAGGGAAAACACAGAAAAAUGCUGGAUGGGACUUUAGCAUUGAAGGAUCAUCUAGCACAGGAACAGUGCGAAGUGCAGUCAGACCUCCUCAAGUUAGGGAUAGGAAACCAGACAUUCCAUUAAAUCAAACUCCGUCAAGAAAAAAUCUGGAUGGUCGUAAUAACCCUUGGUCUUCUGGCUCUGGAGUUCUAGCUUACAAUUCAUCAGAUUUGUCCAGCGGGAAAGAUCCCGGAGAUGCCUACAAUAAUGAAAAACAAGAUUCAGAGUCUGACAAUGAAGAAUUGUCUGUGAGUGGUACAGGAACUAUGGUCCUUAGAAGUCCAAGAACUGUUCGUUCAUCUCUAGUUAGUGACCAAACCUUUCUGUCUAGCAGCACAAAUGUUUUGGUUGAAGAUGCAUCUACUAGCAGUGGAACUGUAGUAUAUCGUGGACGAAAUGAUGAUUCAGAUUCACCGCGAACUCCAAGAUCUCGGUUGGGAAUUCAAGAGAGAUCCUCAAGUGCUUCACUAGAAGACAGUGAAACAAACCUUGCAGAGGCAAGGGCUUCCAUGCAAGCAGGCAUGAAGAAAGGAAAUCCUCGAGAAAGGUCAAUGUUGGGUAAGGCCCACAGAGAUGGGCAAGGAAACAGCAGAACAGAUCAAACAGCAACGGCUGAUUCUUCAAGAUAUUCUCGUGACUACUGUGAUGCACAAAAAGCAUUCUCAAGAUCUCAUCAUAGUGGUGAUGCUGAUGCUGCUGCUAGAAUGCCCGCCACACCUUCUCCUGCCACAUUAUCUACCCUCAUUGUACCUUCUCUAAAGGAGGCUGUAGCCGGUGGGGAUGUAGAAGGAUCAUAUGCGCAGACAAUGGCAAGCUCUUUCAUGGAGAUGGAGCGUAUAAAGCCUGGGUCUUGUGAUCUUUUCGUCACCAGGCUACUUCAGCGCUUGGCGAGUUCGAGGGAAUCUUCUUUGAAAGAGCUGCAAGAACUGGCUGCCCGAAUCCUUACCAAAGGCAAGGCAGAAGUGGAAGUGAACUCAAACACUGAAAGUGAUAACAAGAAAAAGCAGCAAAGUAAGGAGCUCCAACCAAAUGCCAAUUUGAGCUCACUGGCUAGGUUCUUGCUCUCAAGAUGGCAAGGACAUGCAUCCCGGGACUUAAGUUCGUAAUUAUUGGCAUGACCUCUAUUUUAAUUGGUUUGAUGAUUUCAUUUAAUUGUACAUAUUAUUCUAAGACAACCUGUUUUAUAUAUUUUUAAUUCUUUUUUUUUUUUGUAUUUUUUGUUCACGGAACACUAAUUCUGCAUUUGCGUUGUUUACCCUCUAGUCCACUACCAUUGCAAUUUACAUUUUAAUCAUACUUAGUUUGUUAGUUUUUCCUCCCCAAGUGAACACUGAUGAGUUGUAUUUUGUGAUGUAAAGUUUAUCAAGAAAUUUUUGUUUCCUCAAUUUUGGAAGUUCAAUUAUGAAUGCGCC